CCUGCCCACCCAGCAUCCUCCAUCCACCAGACUACACAAGAUGUCACAGCUUCAGCUCCUGGGACUCUUCAGCCUUGUCCUGCUCCUCCUGAGCCCGUGUUUGGGCAAUCCGUUUUCUGACCGCUGCGUGGACAAGACCUUCUGCACUAACAGCUUAGAGGAGUACCAUGCUCAACUCGUAAACCUGCCCAACAGAAUCAACGAGCGCAGCGUGGCUGCAUGGAGCUAUGUUGAGAAAAUUGACUUAGACAGAGUGCCGCAAAUCAUCUACGAAGCAGAGUGCCUCUCCAGCCACUCCUGCAGGGGAGUGGACAGCCCAUCCAGUCUAGAGAGCAUCCCCAUCACUCUGAAAAUGCCAGUGCUUCGCAGAAACCCACGAUGCUCAACAUUCUCCCUAGAGUUUGAGCCAAUCACUAUAGCCUGCAUAUGUGCCACCUCCAGACAUGGCUAAGGGGUAUUGUUCAAAUAUCAUGAUGCCUUUUCCUGCCAAACCCAUGAACGCAUACUUUCUUCUGUAACAGAUCUCUCCCAUAUUUUCGUUUGUUCCAUUCAAAUGUAUUUACUGAUACAUCUAGUCAUUCAUUUAACAUGGUCAGUGCACAUUAUUGAGCAUCUUAGCACAACAGACCAAUUCACAUCACAAGACUUCACAAGUUACAGUAAU